GCUGACAGCUUGCUGGUGCUCUGUUGUUCAGUACAAAUUGGAGGAAACUAAAUCGGCGAAACCCCGAGGAUAACUUAAUAUUAUUUUAAUCAAUAAUUUGAUUUAAAAGAAAAAUACUUGUUGUCGACGUACUAAAAAUAUAUUUGUGAUAGCUUAAUGCGGGGGUGACGUCGAUUGCUAGAGCAAACCCUUAUUUAGAAGUAAACUAUGCUAGCCCCGCAAGCUAACUAGCUAUCGAGUCGUCGCCUCCUUCAUGGGUUUCUUCUGUUGAGCCUCCCCGGGCUUGUUCUAGAGCAACGAGGCAAACUAUUUAUGCCAUCAGCCAGGAACUCGGAUUAUAUCAUGAGUGGGACGAGCUGCAAAGCUAACGGAGCGGUGUACCCGGCCUCAUCAACAAUGAUGAGCUCCCUGAAGAAGCCGAAGAUGGAGCAAAUUCAGGCCGACCACGAGCUCUUCCUACAGGCUUUUGAAAAACCAACUCAGAUUUACAGAUUUCUCCGCACAAGGAACUUGAUUGCACCUAUAUUUUUGCACAGAACGCUUACUUUUAUGUCUCACAGGAAUGGCCGAACAAACACCCGCAGGAAAACAUUCAAAGUGGAUGAUAUGCUGCAGACUGUUGAGAGGAUGAAAGUGGAGCAGGAUUCGCCAAGUUUGUCUUCACACCUGCAGCUAACUUUUACUGGGUUCUUCCAUAAGGAUGAAAAGCCAUCCCAGAAUUCAGAAAAUGAACAAACUUCUGUGUCUUUAGAGGUGCUACUUGUCAAAGUCUGCCAUAAAAAACGCAAGGAUGUCAGCUGUCCUAUAAAGCAAGUGCCUACAGGUAAAAAGCAGGUGCCUUUGAAUCCUGACAGUAACCAAACCAAGCCUGGCUCCUGCCCUUCCUUAUUGGUCCCCAGCAAUGAGUUUGAGCCCAGCAACAGCCACACGGUGAAGUCCUAUUCGCUCCUCUUCAGGGUGUCGCGCACAGGGAAACGAGAAGCCAACGGUCUGGUUUAUGGAGAAACUAAUGAGAAUAUUGAUAUUACAGAGACUCCCAGUAGAAAGAAGAGAAGUUCGUCUCAUAGGGAGGAAGGAGAAACGAUGGAGACGUAUGUAGCACAGAUGACUGUCUUUGAUAAGAACAGAAGACUGCAGCUUCUUGACGGCGAGUAUGAGGUUUCAAUGCAAGGCAUGGAGGACAGUCCUGUGAGCAAGAAGAGAGCCACGUGGGAAACCAUUCUUGAUGGGAAGAGAGUACCACCGUUUGAGACUUUUUCUCAGGGACCCACAUUACAGUUCACGCUGCGUUGGACUUCCGAUUCCAGUGGAAAGUCCACCGCUCCUGUGGCCAAGCCGCUCGCCACUCGCAACUCAGGCAGCACCAGCCCCAUGGAGACAAGGACCAGCCACCACCGAGCCGCCCUCAUGGCCUUGAAGGAGUCGGUCAGCGCAGACAUUCAGAUGAAGAAAGAGCUGGUGCCAUGCGAGCCCCGCCAGAAGAUCCGGAUAUUUUAUCAGUUCCUGUACAACAACAACACGCGGCAGCAGACCGAGGCGAGAGAUGACCUGCACUGUCCCUGGUGCACUCUGAACUGCAGCAAACUCUACAGCCUGAUCAAACACCUGAAGCUCUCCCACUCCCGCUUCAUCUUUAACUACGUGCCUCACCCCAAAGGUGCACGGAUAGACGUGUCCAUCAACGAGUGCUACGAUGGCUCGUAUGUUGGCAACCCUCAGGACAUUCACAGUCAGCCAGGCUUUGCUUUCAGCCGCAACGGCCCGGUGAAGAGAACUGCUGUCACUCAUAUUCUGGUUUCCAGACCCAAGAGGACCAAACCAAGUCUGUCAGAGUUCUUGGAGUCUGAGGAUGGAGAGUUGGAGCAGCAGAGGACUUAUGUAAGUGGACACAACCGGCUGUACUUCCACAGCGACAGCUGCAUGCCUCUGCGGCCCCAAGAGAUGGAGGUGGACAGCGAGGACGAGAGAGAUCCAGAGUGGCUCCGAGAAAAGACCUCCAUGCAACUUGAUGAGUUUACGGAUGUCAAUGAAGGAGAAAAGGAGGUGAUGAAGCUGUGGAACCUCCAUGUGAUGAAGCAUGGCUUUAUAGCCGACAACCAGAUGAACCAGGCGAUCAUGCUCUUCGUGGAAAAUCGCGGCGCUCACAUCAUCCGCCGCAACCUCUGCCGCAAUUUCCUCCUGCACCUAGUGAGCAUGCACGACUUCAACUUGGUGAGCACCGCCACCAUCGACCGAGCGAUGGCGCGCCUGCAGCAGAUCCAGGACGAGCUGCCGGACGGGGAGGCGCUGAGGGAGCAGGCGCUGGCUUGCAACGGCAGUGCUGCCCCUUCCAGCGGGGGGACACAAGGAAAGAGGACAAAAAGUGUGCUGACAGACUGAUGAAAGCUACCAGGAUGGAGUGAUUAGCGUCUGUUUGACUUCAAAUGUAACAAACAUUUAGCAGCCUUCUGUUGACGGGGAAAGAGUUGGACCUGAUGCAAACCAGUGUUCAAGGUAAACACGUUUCUGAAACUCAAAAACUGAACCAAAUAUGAACUAUUUUAGAGUAACUGGCCCACAGCUUCUCCAAUCAGGAUAUGAGGACUGAGAGAUGCAGGUGGGUCCUACAUCAUGUGCAUUUUGCUGGAGCCACUGAAGCCUCCAGUUGGUUCUCUGAAUCAGUGACGGCUGCCUUCGGUAUGCUGGAAUAAUGUACAUCCGUGUAAAGACUGCAGUUCAAACUGUACUCCAAACAUUGUCACUGUUGAUUAUUUGUGCACACAUGCAUUGUUGCAAGCGCAUCUUUUUAGCUCGUCAUUUUGGCACUUGCCCUCCGUAUUUUGAAACUACCGUUAAAAAAGAAUAACUAAAUAAAUCUUGAGCAAACAUUGAGAAUAUUUUUUUUACAUCAGAGCAACAACUUUUGUCUCUUUGGUGUAAAAAAUACGAAGGUACUUUACAGGAACGUCUAAUCCUGCCUAAAGUGAAUUUCCUUUAGGACUCAAGAGGAAUCAGUUAAUUAUGAGCCUUCUUAUCAUUUAGAGUGGAUUCUGGGCAAAACCUUUCAUUCAGAUUAGAAUUCCUGCAACUGCAAGCCACUCAAAUCUAAAUAAAUCAAGUUUGGGGGAGUUUUUCCUUUUUUUGGCAACCAACAACACAUUCUACUCUGCAUCGUGCAGAGCAACGAUUGACCCUAAAGAGAUGUAUGCUAGUUCUUCAUAUGGUCACAAAAGGUAUUUACUUUUCCUUUCACGUCUUUUUUUUUUUUAAAUCACAGGUGAAUCAUUAGCUGACAGAAAUGUGUGAACGUGUAAUUACAUAAAACCUUUAGCUCCUCUAAAUCUAGAAAUCUUCCCUUAAAGCAAUAGGUGGUUCAGUGCUUGGCUCGUCCAAAUGCAACGUCUCUGUUUCUGUUCGUUUUUGUUUUUAGGUGCAGUUUAAGCCAAAGUCAAAUACUUUCACCCAUCUCUUAGUUUGAGUAUUUCCUUUUCCAUUCCAUAACAAGUUUGUUUGUUCAUAUUAAACUGUAGUUGUUUUUGUUGUGCACAUAUAAAUUGGUGAUUAACGAUGUUUGUUGUUGAAGAUUUCAUUUGUGGACAACCAAAAUUACCAAGAUAUUUUUUUCUUUUCUUCUCACUGUCAGCCAAGAGUGACAUCUUCAGCAUUUUUGUCAUAACUUGUGAAUUGAACACUCUGGCUAAAGGGUAUUUUAUAUUUAAAUAAAAUACGUUUGCCCUUA